UUCAAAAGCAACUCUUAUCAAACUCGGCACCGACGAGUGUUGGCGGCAUGGAAACUAUGGAGGAAGCCGUCGGAUCCACGGCGCCGAGUGCAGUGGUGGCGGCGCUGGCUUCAGCAAAGCAGAUGUCGGGGAAAACCUUCAGGCAGAUCGCGGCAGAAACAGGUCUGACUAACGUCUACGUGGCCCAGCUCUUCCGGCGACAAGCCCAGCUCAAGCGCGAAACUGUUGCUUCCCUCCGUUCCGCCGUCCCCACCCUCACUGGUAAACUUAUAUCGGAGAUGAUGGUUCCGCCCUUCCGAUCAUACCGCCCCAACAUCAUCCAAGAACCCGCUAUCUAUAGGCUACAUGAAGCUAUUAUGCACUUUGGAGAGAGCAUCAAAGAAGUCAUCAAUGAAGAUUUUGGUGAUGGCAUAAUGUCUGCUAUAGAUUUCUAUUGCUCUGUUGAUAAGGUUAAAGGAGUUGAUGGUAAGGAUCGUGUGGUGAUCACCUUUGAUGGGAAGUAUCUUCCUUAUAGUGAGCAGAAAUCUGAACAUAUGGUUUCAAGGCAGAAGCAGCAGUGAACACUGAAACAGUAUGAGAAGUUUAAAUUAUUCUCAUAUUAUUACCCUAAUAGCUGCAAUUGUAUUAUAAAUAAUGGGUGUUGCCAAUUUACUCUAUGGGUAAAGCUUUGGUUUGCAACUAGAAUCUUAUGGGUUCGAGACUUAAUGUGUUUGGACUUGUGCAUGAUUUUACGAUUAAAUUUGCUUAGGUUUUAUUUG